AUGAGCCAAGAGGAUCAAGAAAAGAGUAUGGAUAAGAAAGAGAUCGCGGAGGAGGAGAGAGAGAAAAUGUUGAACGCUGAAAACACAAAACACACAGUGGCAUCGACCGCACCAGACGCGGAGACCGAAGACCAGAAACCUAAAAAGAAAAUUCCAAUUGGCGGUAUUAAGAUGCCCGGCUUCUGUCGUACAAAGAGCAAAGAACUUUGCAAAGAAGACGAUGGUAAACCGACCGAUGCUGGAGAAGGCGAUACGACGACGGAGAAACCUGUUAAAGAAAUUGAUCAAUGUGCUUCGUCGGAGAGAACAAGCACGCCGAAUAAAGACGCGAAGGAGAAAGAAGGCCGCAAGGGGAUCCUCGGCGCCAUAAAGUUGCCCUUAGUUUCUGUUUUCCCUAGAAAGAAGAACAAGGAAGGCGAGGUGGAAUUAGGGGCUACCGGGGCUGCUGGAUUGGCGAGUGUCGAAACGCUCGACGAUGUUGAGAAGAACCCGAUUGGCAACGAAGACGGUAUGGAGACCGUGCGACUCGACGGAGAUGCCGCAGACGGCAUCGAGUCUCCUAAGCAGCAUUUCCUCGUAGCUUGUAUAUCCGCCUCCAGACGAUAUUUAUUCGCGCUAGUGACAGUACUAUGUAUCUUGGUGUCAGUCGUGAUCAUCAUCUCCAUCAUUUGCAUCAGCCCAAGGAAGAAUGUCUCGCAGCUGGUGAAGGAUGGUAGCUUCGUCAAGGCAGUGACUUCCUGCGGGCCGGUGCAAGGUGUGUCGGAGGAUGGUGCGUUCGCGUUCCGCGGGAUCCCGUAUGCAGUUCCGCCGAUAGAAAACCGCCGUUGGCAGCCAGCGGAACCGCUGAGGAAGAUCGAGUACUGUUGGACGAACACGUAUCAGGCGCACAACUCGUCGAAAGUCUGUUGGCAACGAGAAGCCUCCGGGAAAAUUAUCGGCAGCGAAGACUGCUUGUAUCUAGACGUUUUCACACCUGAAGUCAGAUAUGACUCGCCUUUACCGGUAGUCGUGAUGAUCGGCGCUGAAACACUUAACGGUGGAUCUCCGGGCGUGAUGCAGCCUUCUGCAAAACUCGCUCGUGUCCGUGACAUGGUAUUUGUUAGACCGAACUUUCGGCUAGGGAUUUUCGGUUUCUUGGCUGCGGAGCCGCUCUCGAGAGCUUCGCAUCCACUUACGUCCGGGAAUUACGGACUGUCGGACAUUAUAGCGGCACUUCACUGGGUUCAGCUCAACAUCGAGAACUUUGGCGGUAAUAAAUCGGCCGUAACACUGUGGGGCCAUCGGGCAGGAGGGACUCUGGUCACAACUUUGGUCCGCAUCCGGCGGACGAAAGAUCUCUUCCAAAGAGUAUGGAUCUCCAGCGGUAGCGCGAUAUUCCCUGGAAGGGAGUUGGAAAUUUCCGAGACGCUGAGCGAGAUGUUUCUCAACUCGACGAGAUGCAACGACGCCGCCUGUUUGCGAAGCAAGAGCGCCGAGGAGGUCAUGGACUCGGUGCCCGAGACUUGGCAUUUGGGUAAUGUCGGCCUGCCCGAAACCAGGGAAGCAACGACGAGAGACAGAAGGCACGAGUGGCUGGUGCUCGAUCGUGCCAUACUUCAGGAACCUGUGGGCCAAAUUUGGGCAAGGGAUGAAUUCCAGGUGAAAAUCGUGAUGGGCACGACUGCCCAUGCAGGAGCCCCUCUCAAGUAUCUUACCUCUAACGCUACAUUCAACUCUACGCAAGUGGAGAAAAUCGUGAAGGAGUCCCUAUUAGGUACAUCGGGUUUAGCAGACGAAGCUCUCAAACGUUACAACACAACGUUGAAAGGUUUGCUGAGCAUGAUCUCGGACAUUCGUGUGAUAUGUCCAUUAUUGACAGUGGCCAGAAUGAAGACCAAUAUUCCAUUUUACGUAGCGACGCAACCACGUGGCCAGUUCGCAGAUCCUGACUGCGAUGCCGCAGCGAUACUUGGAUCGUAUGCUGCUCGCACGCCCGCUGAGAAGAGACACGUGUCUGCAAUGCAGCAACUUUUCAAUCACUAUGUCUGGCAUGGUGAGGUAGCUCAGGCAGAUCCCCAUGGCGUGAAACGAGUGUUAAUCGUUGGGCAAGACACGCUUCCUGACCGUGAUUAUCCCAACUGCGACUUUUGGAUAAGAGAAGAUAUAGUCCCCUAGAAUAAGGUUUCCUUCUUGUAUCGCACUUGACUACUCCUACAUUGUGGAAUGUGUGGUAUAGGUUGACAAAAAGAAAAGGUGCUGGAUAAUCCAAAUGGAUAACAAAAGCCCAUUAUGGCCCAGCAUCUGCAAACACAACAUCAACACGAAUUUCUACCACUAUGCGAUGUAUUAUUCAACAUAAUCUCUCUUGCAUCGUAUUUCUGCGACGUUGUCUUCGACUUUGCAAUGGUAUAUGCUCUUGCUCAACAUUCUAUAGCACCUCCGGUUCUAUUUCCUCUAAGCAUUGUUCUUAUAGCAACUUCGUUGAUCAUUUCUCAGAUUAUUAGCAUAAGAUGGUAUUUAUGGGGAGCCAGAGGCAAACUAACGGGUAACUCUAUAACAGACUGCAAUAUUAAUGGAAAGAAAGAAAAUGAAAAUUGGACGAUAUGGUGUGUUUUGUUGCUUCAUUCGACUCAAGUCGGAGUAUUGUGGAGAUACUUCAAAUUAUUCAUCCCAGUUAAUUUAACUUAUGUUAAACAUGAGGUGAGAGAACUUUGCGUACUACGCCUUAUUCAUGCAUUCUGUGAAGCUGCACCAAUGUUACUUCUACAGUUGUAUCUAUUGUCGAUUGGAGUCAAUAAUGAUUCAAACACUGACGUUGGAAAAACGAAGGAAACCGACAGUAGAGACGGUGAUAAGUUAGCAAAAUUAACUGCAGUGUCUGCUGGUCUAUCUUUGUGGAGCGUGUGCUGGGCAGUGGCUAGUUUUAGCAAAGGUGCAGCACGUCUUCGUAAUUUAGAACGUUUGGUAUUGACAUGGCUAGGUGUGCUGGCACAACUAGCAUGGCGUUUAGGAACUGUAAGCGCUAGAGUAGGAGUAUUGGUAGCUUAUGCUUCACUCUACGGUGGACAGUGGUUAUUAAUUGUCAUGGCUCUCCAUUGGUUGUCAAUGUUGAUGUGGCUGUUACUCACUCCAGAUGGUCUUUUUCAUGGUGGAGAGCAUUUACCUAUUUUAAGAAAAACGUCCUUAGCUUCUCUCCUUGCGUUUGUUUACAUAUUUGCAUACGUAAAUUUGCACGAAACGAAUCAUCGUCAGAAGAUGGUAAUUUUUUACACGGUAAUGUUUUUAGAAAAUAGUCUGCUCAUUGGUGUUUGGAUAGUUGGUGUCAACAGAACAGAUCUUCUCCCGCACCAGCAUCAUCCAAACCCUGUAACUUUAGUACUUACAUUGUUAGCUUUAUUUUUCGGUGGUAUGUUUUUCAUGGGACUUUAUUACAGNNCAAAUAGAAUAUACGGAAGAUAAGAAGUUAAAUAUGAACGUAGGAAUGAGAAGAGUCAAAUUGAGUAAUGGUGGAAUACCGGGAGUAUUUAAUUGCCGUUUUGCCAAUCCAGCUGUAGUAAAUCCGAAUCGCAAGAAGAAAAAACCGACAACGUUCGUACCUCCGCCACCACCGCAGUCUCAAACUGGCACUGUCACAACCCCAAUGAAUACGGUGACUGAGUCGAAACAGUGGCUUGGUGUAAAUAGUAAUUCACGUCAAUUAAUACCGUUUUGGAAGAAAUCUCUAAAUUCCGGCAUACUACAGAAUGAUCAUUCAAACGAAGAAAAAACUAGAACAGACGCUGCGACUACUGGCUCUCUGAGUGUGAAUUUAAUAAGAGAGAAACUCCAAGAGAAGAAACAACAGCAAUUAAGAGAAUUAAGAGCAAUUCAGGAAGAGAUAAAAGAAGGGAAAUUAUUUCCUCCGCCGUCAGCUUCAGCAUCCUCAUUCUCAUCAUCACCUGCAUCUAAUCAACAGCCACCGCCUAAUACGAAGUUACAUACUUCUCCUAGUUCUCCCUUAUUCACGUCUGAACCAUCGGUGGGUGAUCAGAGUGGAGGAGUAACCUUAUCUUCGUGGCCACCAGUGAAAAUGCACUGUCUUUUACCUCCGCCACCAUCGUCCUCGUAUUAUCCAAACGUUCAUCCUUCAAAUUCAUGGAGGACAACGCAAAGAGAAAGAGCGGAUACUCCGGAAAUUUUGCUUGCACCACGCUGUCUUCCUCAUCAUUAUUCUCACUGGACACCGUCUUCUCAUGUCAAUUAUCGUCAAAACGGCGGAGAAGAAAGUUCUAAAGGCGAGGGUGACGUAGAAGGAGAACUUAGCGAUAUGGAAGGCAGUCAGAUAUCACUGCCUCGAAGCUAUACUCUGCCACGUGAAUUUAAGUAUCAUCAUCCAAAUAACACUGCCAGAGAGCGACGUGUAGGAAAUAAUAAAGUUCCAGCUUCACGUUUUUAUUUACCUUCUACCAACAGUUCUGACGGAGAUGUAGAUAGUGCGGACAAUGAAGAAGAAACAGAUUCUGAAGUACAUUAUCGUAUGAAAAAUAAUCAUGGGUGCAACAAUCACAACGAAACGCAGCUACAGCAGCAACAACGGUUUGCUUUUGAAGAUAAUAACAAAAACGAAUUCUUAAAUUCAGAUUCUGCAGCGACUGUUAUAAUGGCUGGAAAUUAUUUAAAUAAUUCUCAAGGGCUACUUCGACCAAGUCAAUUAUUUCGAAACAGGGUUAAACACGAAACGAAGCUUUGAAGCUUCUGUCAUUAUCGAUGUAGUAUUUUAAAAAUUGUAUAAUAGCUAAUUGAAGAUUUAAAACAAAAAGACUGUACAUGAGAUCUAUUUUUAUAAAAUUACUCAUUUCUUACACGCGAAUUUUCUAAUAUUUUUAUGAUGUUAACAUUCCUAAGGGUUAAAUAUUAACCGUAAUAUUUGUACAUAAAACAGGGAUGACGUAGACUUAUUUUGAUAAUAUUGCAUUUGUUCCUUGUAAAUAAUGAUACAACUAAUGAAUUUAAAGCACAUUGAACAAUUAGAUAUUUAUUUUUACGAUUCAACUAUAUACGACUUGAAAAAUUUUAAUAUUUUAAUGCAACAUACAAAUUCUUUUCUAAUAAAUUAAUUAAUUCUCUUAUUUGUAUUUUGAAUGAAAAUACAUAUGUAAUUUAAAAUCCAUAUAGUAUUAAUUACUUUACAUAUACAUUACUUUGGAGGGAUGAAUUAUGUAAACAAAUAAAAU